AUGCUAUUGUUGAUGCCUUUUCAAGCCAAAGGUGAUGACAUCGAGGGUAACCGAAAUGCUGAAAGCAUCAUGUUGGAUGAACAAACCUUACAAAGGGACCUGCAGAUUACGAUCGAGGAAGAAAACUAUGCUGAAGCAGCAAAAAUCAAGGAUGAUCUUCGAGUCCUACAUGAGGACAGUAAGGCUUUGGUACUGAUAGCAAAUUUUGGGUUUUAUGAUGCUUUUAGGAGAGGGGAUCUAGCCAUGAUGCAAAACCUUUGGGUGAAAGGAGAUGAUGUCUGUUGUGUGCACCCAGGGGGGAAUGGGAUAUCUGGUUAUGAUUCCAUAAUGAAAAGCUGGAAAAUUGUGUGGAUGAACUUCGAAUUUCCACUAGAGAUAAAGCUGAAAAAUGUUCGAGUUCAUGUUAGAGGAGAUUUUGGGUAUGUUACGUGCAUGGAAUUUGUCAAGACAACAAAAGGUAGCAAUUGGGGUUCGCAGUUUGUAAUAAAUGUGUUUGAGAGGAUUAAUGGUCAAUGGCAUAUAUGCAUUCACCAGGCUUCUUAAGCAUAGUUACUAGUAUGUUUUGUAGUCUUAGUCAACUUAUUAUGCGUGUAUAUAUAUGGACUUGAAAACAUUUUGGAUAAUCAUUUAGAACACAUUGUUCU